AGAAAUUAAGCGUGUCACUGUCGCACUUCAAAAGUAUUAUUAUUAUUAUUAUAAGAAUAAAAAUAGAAUAGUGGGUGGAAACAACUACUCUCUGCAAGGAGGAGGAGCACAGAAACUUUUGGUAAACAGCCGUACCUGGGGCAAAGCAAAAUACGGGAAAAUGAAUUAAUGUGCUUGUUUGUCCUUUUCACCCAAAAAAGACGUAAUAUCUGCUGCAUACGAAGCUGCUGAUAUGUUGUUGUUAUUGUUUCUAAACCACUCCCCACUAUUUCUCUAUACCAACUUCUUCUUCUUCUUUCUAUUCAACUCUCACCUAUAGCCUAUCCACCUAUAUACUCUCUCUCCGCUAUUCAAGAUUAUUAUUAUUAUUAUUAUACAAAAAACAUGAAGAAGAGAAAAGAACGCCACCAUGAAACUUUGUUUCUUGGAAUAAUCCAAAUCAUUCUCCACACUCUGUUAUUAAGAAGACGCCGCCAUAUUCACCGCCUUCUUCCUCUUCUUUCAGCUUUAUCAGGCGCUCUUCUUUUCUUCUUUGUGUUUUUCUCUCCUCCCAUCACUUCCCACCACCAUCACCUUAUCAAUCCCAUCUCGUUAAAUAACGGGACGGGGCUUCAGAUGAACCUGCAAAAAGAACACGGCUUUCGCGUUCCGAUGGGUGGAGGAAGUUUAAGCGGAGACGUAUGGAUUUCGAAGCAAUCUAAAUUCUACCACUCCUGCAGUGAUUCCAGCAACAAAUUUCCAAGUGCAGAGGUUAAUACUCAUCCCAAUAGGUACUUGAUGAUUGCAACUAGUGGAGGCUUGAAUCAACAGCGAACUGGGAUUGUAGAUGCAGUUGUUGCAGCUCAUAUCUUGAAUGCCAUCCUUGUAGUUCCAAAACUCGACCAGAAAUCAUACUGGAAAGAUUCAAGCAACUUCUCUGAGAUUUUUGACGUUGACUGGUUUAUAUCACACCUCUCAAAAGAUGUCAAAAUUAUUAGGGAUCUUCCAAGAAUCGGAGAUAAAGUCAUAACUCCAUAUAGAACGCGUGUUCCAAGGAAGUGCAAUGCCAAGUGUUAUGAAACUCGCAUCCUGCCUAUUUUAAAGAAAAAACAUGCUGUUCAGCUAACAAAAUUUGACUAUAGGCUUUCCAAUCGGUUGGAUACAGAUCUGCAGAAGCUGAGAUGCAGAGUCAAUUAUCAUGCAUUGAAGUUUACUGAUCCCAUUAUUGAAAUGGGCAGAAAAUUGGUUGAACGGAUAAGAAUGAAAAGCAAGCACUUUGUUGCCUUACAUCUGAGGUUUGAACCAGAUAUGCUUGCAUUUUCUGGAUGCUAUUAUGGUGGAGGAGACAAGGAAAGGAAAGAGCUAGGUAAAAUACGGAAGCGGUGGAAGACGUUACACACAAGAAACCCAGAUAAGGAGCGAAGGCAUGGAAAAUGCCCUCUCACUCCUGAGGAAAUUGGACUAAUGCUUAGAGCACUUGGUUUUGGUAAUGAUGUUCAUAUUUAUGUGGCAUCUGGAGAAAUUUAUGGAGGAGAGGAGACAUUGGCUCCUCUUAAGGCUCUUUUUCCAAAUUUUUAUUCCAAAGAAACAAUUGCCAGCAAGGAGGAAUUGGCACCAUUCUCCUCCUUCUCUUCUAGGAUGGCUGCGUUAGAUUUCAUUGUUUGUGAUGAGAGUGAUGUAUUCGUGUCCAAUAACAACGGUAAUAUGGCAAGAAUUCUUGCUGGAAGAAGGAGAUAUUUUGAUCACAAGCCGACUAUCCGUCCAAAUGCUAAGAAGCUUUAUAAGUCGUUCCUUAAUCGAAAUAACAUGACAUGGGAAGAGUUUGCCUCACAAGUUCGAACGUCUCAAAUAGGUUUCAUGGGAGAGCCAAUGGAGGUAAAGCCAGGCAGGGGCGAGUUUCACGAAAAUCCAUCAGCAUGCAUUUGUGCAGAUUCUGAAAUGGAUACCGGUUCUGCUACUAAUAGUGGUAGGAGAGAUAUGGUUGAAGCAACUGAUAGUCAGGUUAGUGAAGAAGAGCAAGAAUGGUCUGAUACAGAAUAUAUGGAGAUCAAUGAACUUGAAAUUCAAUGAAGAGAUUCCGGCAGAUUUUUUAAAACAUAACAGCCGGAAAUGGAAGAGAUUUUCGCAGAUUAAAGAACCGUUGCAGAUGGUGCAGGUUCUCAUUUUGAGUACCAGCUGCCAUUAAUUGAUAACAAGAUAACAGUAUGGAGCAGAAAUUUGUACAUAAAGCCAAGUGCAAACUAAGAUCUUGGUUCUCCAGUUUUGCUAGUCAAUGGUGCAGUUUUAAGGCAAGAGAAUCGACUGCCGCAUCAUUGAAAUUUUAUGCAUUUAAAUACAGAGAAAGCAGGAUAAGUUGAGGAAAAAACAACUUUAUGCUGCAUUAACUCUUGGAAUAUUGAUUACACCUCCAAAGGAGAGGUAAUGCUCAAUAUAUAGGAUGUUGGCGUUUCAUGUUUAAAGUUUUUUACUUUAUUUUAAAAGAAAAAUUAAGUUGUAUAUAGUACUCAGCUUUUCCUUUGCAUUUCUUUCGAUUAGAUCAGCAUUGCUAGUUAGUCUAAAUGUAUAUCAACUGCAUAAUAUACUAAUCAUUUUCCCACUGUUCAA